CAAUAAUGGAACAAAUGUCAAAACCAUCGGGGGCAAAAGGAUAGGAGAAUAAGGAAAAAACAAUGGCGGUGCUACUCCGCCGCGCCGCGGCGCUCCUCGUCGUGGCUGCUGUCUGCGCGGACGGCGCCUCCACGUUCUACUCCUCCGACCCCAACCUCGGAUCCGCCCGCGUCGUCUUCCAGACGAAUUUUGGUGAUAUUGAGUUUGGCUUCUUUCCUCAUGUUGCACCUAAGACUGUCGAACACAUUUUCAAACUUGUGCGGCUUGGAUGCUACAUUACAAAUCACUUCUUCCGGGUUGACAAGGGUUUCGUUGCACAAGUUGCUGAUGUUAUGUCAGGUCGAACCGCCCCUAUGAAUGAGGAGCAGAAAAAAGAAGCGGAGAAAACAAUUGUUGGUGAAUUUAGUAGUGUCAAGCAUGUCAGGGGAAUCCUCUCCAUGGGAAGGCACUCUGAUCCAGACAGUGCUGGCUCUUCCUUUUCUAUUCUUCUGGGCAAUUCACCGCAUCUUGAUGGCCAGUAUGCUGUAUUUGGGAGGGUCACUAAAGGUGACGAUACAUUGACUAAACUAGAGAGGCUUCCAACCCGGAGAGAAGGCAUUUUUGUAAUGCCGAUCGAGCGUAUCAACAUCCUAUCAACUUACUAUUAUGAUAUUGAUCUAGAGAGCUGUGAAGCAGAAAAAUCUAUUCUCCGGAGGAGACUUUCUGAAUCAGCAUCAGAAGUUGAGCGAUGGAGAAGAAAAUGCUUUGCUUAAUGGUGGAAUAAGGACUGCAUAUUCCGUUUCAUGAUGCUGGAUGGUUUCCUGAGGCUGGAUAUGGACGACGGUGUGGAAAUGUGUAUGCCGCGUGUUCUUAUGCUAUCACUGUAAUACUUGAGUAGAUGUUAGAUGGGUCCUAAGGUUCCACAUGGAUCUUGUUUGUAACACAUGAGCAGAUGAGUUGUUACAAUAAACCUUCAAUUCGUUUAGUUUUGUCUUCGGCUUCCCCAAUUGUAGUUUGAGGCUGCGCUGC